AUGAAUGCUGCCGGAUUCAUUCGAAUUACGCGGCAGGAAGACCUCAAAACCCAGGGAAAAUUCCGCGCAGAGGACGAGCACACUUAUGACCCGCUAGACAACACACGAAUCCACCCAGAGGACUACGAACUUGCGCGCAAGAUGGCUAUGGAUGAUAUUGGCUACGAUGAAGACGACAUCCAAGACAAGCACCCGUCUUGGGUUGUCGGCUUGACCAUGGACAAUCCAGAAAAUGAACGGAAACUUUCGGAGCUUGAUUUGGACGAACGCUUUACUCUCGAUCUCAUCACAAACGAGUUUAUGCGACUGUUCGCAGAGAAUCUAUCACCCUUCGCUUACCUCUCAGGACCCGAGGUUCUCACCAUGUUGAGCGGAGAGACUACGAAAAGCUUACGCACUCAUCUCAUUGUCUCUGCUGUGGUUCUGCAGGCAAACUCUCGCGGCUUGCGCGACCGAUUAAACUCUGGAUUCGAAGGACCGGUUGAAGAUGACUCGGUCAAUGCACCGAAGACCCUUCCUCAGAAAGGACAAACCAUCACGACCGUGAUUCGGAGCUCAACGCUCAACACCGACGAAUUCUUCGUCCACCUUACCCUUGUUAAUUCCGAUGGGCAAACGGAUGAUCAAUACGAACGGAGCACUCUGCCCGACUUGUUUUGGGAUGCCGGGAGGUACCAACUCGACAAACUUGUUGGCGAGGAAAAAACGAGCGGAGGUCGACCGGACUCGCAAGAUAAUCAAGCACCCCAACUAAGGGGCCAACUUCCACAAUUUCAAUAG